UUUCUUCUUUAAAGGCCACUCAUCUCUCUGUUCCUUCACCUCUCCACUUUGUGUGUUUCUCUGUUAGCUGAAUUUUCUCUCAGUUUUCUUGAUUGUAGUAAUAAUGGUGAGGGAUGAUUUGUACAUAAAUGUACCUAGCUUAUUUCGGUGUCCGAUUUCGCUGGACGUUAUGAAAUCACCUGUAAGCUUGUCCACCGGAGUUACCUACGACCGGGCCAGCAUCCAGCGAUGGCUUGACAACGGAAACAAUACCUGCCCGGCCACCAUGCAAGUCCUUCAGAGCAAAGACUUCGUGCCUAAUCGAACCUUGCAACGGCUCAUUCAGAUCUGGUCCGACUCGGUGGAGCACUACCAGAGUCACCGCCGGGUUGACUCGGCGGUGGAUAACUCGGUUGUCCCUUCACAGGAUGAAAUCAAAUGCAUAGUUGAAGACAUUGAGAAGAAUCGGUGUUGCUUCGAUGAUUUGCGGAAGAUUAUGUGUUUUGGUGAAGAAUCUGAGGAGAAUCGGAGUUUUCUAGCGAAAAUGGAUGGAUUUGUGGAAAUGCUGGUUGAUUUUCUUGGUGAUAAAAAAGAUGACAUUAAUUUCAUUGAGCAAGUGGUUAGGGUUUUAGAUUUGAUCUUGAUGUAUACUGCAAAAUAUCAACAAUUCACAUCGAAGAAAAAUCUUGAUUCGCUUCUUCUUAUUCUCCGACAAGGACGAAGCGUGCAAUCAAGAAUUGGAUCCGUCAGAAUUAUGGAAUCAAUGUCAAACGAUGCAGAAUCCAAGUUGUUAAUCGGCGAGAAUGAUGAAUUGUUACUAGAAUUGAUAAAAUCAACCGGUUUAGACACCGAUCCAAGCCUGAUACAAGCGAGCUUAUCGUGCUUAAUCUCUAUUUCAAAGGCGAGACGAGUUAGAUCAAAGCUGGUGAAUCUCAAAACAAUUCCUGAAUUGAGGAAUAUCCUAACAGCAGAGCCAAACACAGGCGUUAUUUCAAACGCCAUGACGGAGAAGGCACUGAAGCUGCUCGAAACGCUGUCGUCUUGCAAGGAGGGAAGAGCAGAGAUAUGCGGUGACUUAGUGUGCAUAGAGGCAGUGGUGAACAAGGUGUUUAAAAUAUCCAGUGAAGCGACGGAGCACGCGGUGACAAUAUUGUGGAGUUUAUGCUAUUUGUUUAGGGACGGGAAAGCAAGGGAGGCGGUGAUCAAGAGCAACGGGCUGACUAAAAUUUUGCUGUUGAUGCAGAGCAAUUGCUCCCCUGCGGUCAGGCAAAUGGCUGCCGAUUUGCUGAAGAUUUUUAGAGUGAAUUCCAAGUCAUGCCUUUCUAGCUAUGAUACCAAGACUACCCAUAUCAUGCCCUUUUGAUUCCAUGAUACAUAUAUUUUUUCUUUUAAAUUUCGCCAGAUGGGUUGGGUUUAUGUUAAAUACCAUUGUUAAUUAACUUUGCCUCUCUUCUUUCUUUGUGAUGGAAGAAUUGCAGAGACAGUUAAUAUAUAGAGAAAACAGAUUGUAAAUCCAAAGGAAACAAAAAUUUUUGUUAGUGAAUACACAAAAGAGAAUCAAUCAAAUUCAUUUGAUUAUGAAUAGGAACAUUUAUUCCCUUCCAA